GUCAUUGCCUCCUCCCAGAUUCAUGAUUAAGUGGACUCUCAGAUGCACACCGCUCUUAAAUUACAACUCUUGCGAUUGCAGGAUAGCAAUUACCAUGCCAAUACGCCUGUCUGAUUAAGAUAAAAUUGUUGUUUACAUACCGCAAUCUCCAAAAAACACCAUUAAUAUGUUUUUCCAGAGAAGUCUCUUCAGUUCUGCAGCAGCCCACCAAUUUUCUAGUCACCACACCGGUACUUUAAAAGAGCUUUUUUGCAUUUCUCACAGAAGAAAUAUCAGUUUAAAUUAAGCGUGUGCGCUGUUGAAAACUGCUGUUUUGAAGUAGAUGUAUUAUUAUGCAUUAAUCUCGGGCAUUUUAAUGAGCGCCGGCUCCGGCGUAAUUGGUGCAUUUGAAUUAAAAGCAGCCAGCAAACAGAAGUCAGAGUCGACAAACACCGCUCGGCCAUUCUCGGGCAGCAACAGUGAUCACUUCACACUGCCCUUUUCCCCUCCUCCUCCUCCUCUUCUCGCUGCUCCCUCCCGCCUCUUCCUCAUUUCCUGUGAAGAAGUAUCUGUUGAAAGAGUGGGUGCACGGCAGCUGAGCGUACGACGAGAACGCAGGGAGCUUACUUAAACUGCUCUUCAACUGUGCCAAAGUGGAGCAGCUGGGAGGCAUUGGUUGAGAUCAGAAUCAAAACUGUUGAGACAGCUGGUGACAUUCUUGAGAUCUUCAUGUCUGCGACUGAAGAAUAAAGCAGGACUCAGACUGCACUUGAGGAGAGCCACAGUUGCUCCAGGAGAACCGCUUGCGAAGCACUGAGAUAGAGGGCGAGAGGGCAACAUGGGCGCUUUGAUGGUGAUAUUUUCUCUGCAAACCAAACAAAGGAGAAAAAGGACAGAUAGUGUCGAGGAUGAGCUGGAGCUGUCUGCUGUGCGCCAUCGACCAGAAGCUUUGGAGUUGCUGGAGGCUCAAACACGUUUCUCACGAAAAGAGCUUCAAAUCCUCUAUCGGGGCUUUAAGAAUGAAUGCCCCAGUGGUGUGGUCAACGAAGACACAUUUAAGGAAAUUUACGCUCAGUUUUUCCCACAGGGAGAUGCAUCAACGUAUGCACAUUUUCUGUUCAAUGCAUUCGACACAGAUCACAAUGGUUCUGUCAGUUUUGAGGAUUUUGUGAUGGGUCUUUCCAUUCUCUUAAGGGGCACCGUUCAGGAGAAGCUUAACUGGGCAUUUAACCUGUAUGAUAUUAAUAAAGAUGGAUAUAUAACAAAAGAGGAAAUGUUAGACAUCAUAAAGUCCAUCUAUGACAUGAUGGGGAAAUGCACAUAUCCCAUCCUUAAAGAGGAAACUCCACGGCAGCAUGUGGAGAUAUUUUUCCAGAAAAUGGACAAAAACAGGGAUGGAGUGGUCACAAUAGAUGAAUUUAUAGACUGCUGUCAAAACGACGAGAACAUCAUGAGAUCAAUGCAGCUUUUUGAGAACGUCAUUUAACAUCUGAAUGGACUCUGUUGGCGGACCAGCUCACAUAACCACCUUUAUACUCCACAAACCCGACAUCCUCGUUGAUACACAUCUGAUUACUAGCAGUGCUUUACCCAUAAACCAAAAUGAACUGAAUAUUAAAGAAAAAUUAUUUUUACAUUUUUUUGUCAUAUACUUGUAAACAAAUAUCUAUAUAUAUCUUUAUUUUAAGUAGAUACAUAGUCUGUUAAUCAUCUUUUUCUCCAUUUUUUUUUAAAUAACUAGAAGCCAUUGUACUGUACAUCUUAAAGUAACAUUUCAGACAUUGGCCCAUAAACACAAACAGAAUGAAUUUCUGUGCAUAAAUCCAUUCUUAGAUUGCAAUGGUUUACAAGGAAUAUUUGGUGUACAAUUUACUUAACUUAGUGAAAGGAAUAGUUCACCCAAAAAUGAUCAUUUGCUGAAAAUGUACUCGAACUCAGGCCAUCUGAGAUG